GCUGCUCAGACAGUGCACUUUGUCCAAGGGCAAAGUUCAAUGACAGAAAGAGAGAGCAAGGCACUCACCAAGCAGAGCAGGAGAGCAGGGUGGGAAAUAAACAGCUCGCAGAGUGAAGCGGCAGGUGGAGGCGAGAGGUGUUACGCUGGGCUGGGGAAGACGAGCAGAUGGAGAGCAGAGGGAACUGCGUCGUCGUGUCGGCGUUACGCAGCGGGAGCCGCCAGUCUUGGGCAGCGUCUGCGGGGGGGGGGCUCUCUUUCUGAUCCGUGUGUGUGUGUGUUUGCGCCAAGUGAGAGAGCAAGUGCGUGUAGAGUGUGCGUGUGCACCGCUCAUCUGCUACCUGCAGCAUUAGCGGCGUGGGGGUGGGGCGCAGGGGAGGAGCGGCGAUGGAUGGCGAGGAGCGCCGGGUUCCCACUGCCCCGCGCCGCCUCUCAGCCCUGCAGGAGCAGCUGGUCUGGGCCCUGCUGGGCUCCGGCCUGUCCCGGGAACUCCUGCUCCAGGCUCUGGGGGAGCUGGAACGCGACAGGGCGGCCGCAGGCGGGGGCGAUGGCUCGGCCGACAGGGGUGGUGCGGAGAGCUCCGAGGAGGGGGAUGAGGAGUUCCUACCGCCCAUCUUCAGGGAGCUGGAGAUACUGCCCCCGGAGGAGGCGGCCAGACAACGUGCCCAGGUGGAUCAGCUGCUGCAGGAAGAUCCGUGGCGUGUAGCCAAGCUGGUGAAGAGCUACAUGCAGCAGCACAACCUCCCCCAGAGAGAGGUGGUGGAGUCCACUGGGCUGAACCAGUCACACCUCUCCCAGCACCUGAACAAGGGCACUCCCAUGAAGAACCAGAAGAGGGCAGCGCUGUACAGCUGGUAUGUGCGGAGGCAGGCGGAGAUCACUCAGCAGUUCAGCAACGCCAGCCGGGGGGCCAGCCUGGGGGAGGAGCCCGGUGAUGACGCAAGGAAGGGCCGCAGGAACAGGUUCAAGUGGGGGCCUGCGUCCCAGCAGAUCCUGUUCCAGGCCUACGAGAGGCAGAAGAACCCCAGCAAGGAGGAGAGGGAGGGGCUGGUGGAGGAGUGCAACAGGGCAGAGUGUCUGCAGCGGGGCGUGUCCCCUUCCCAGCUCGCGGGCUUGGGCUCUAACCUCGUGACAGAAGUGCGAGUUUAUAACUGGUUUGCCAACCGUCGCAAGGAGGAGGCCUUCCGCCACAAGCUCGCGCUUGACGUGCCUUUCAGCAGCCAGUCAGCAAGCACCUCCACCAACACCCUCACUACAAGCCCCACGCACGACAUGAAAUACAGCCAGCAGGUGGCAGGUGAGGGUCACCAUGGAGACAGGAGCACGGGGCCACGCCCAGUGCUCAGCCCUGUCCAAUUGGAGCCAAGCCACACCCUCCUGGAGACGCAUCACAAAGCAGUGUCAGGGGGUGGGCCGCUCCCCCCAGUCAGCACUUUAACAGCCCUACACAGCCUUUCGGCAUCCCCUGCCCCCCCACAGGGCCUAAUCAUGGCCUCCCUGCCCAGCGUCAUGAGCCUGGGGGAACCCUCGCUUCUAAUUGGUUUAACAUCAGCUCAGCCUCAGACUGUCCCAGUCAUUAACAACGUGGGAGGCGGCUUCACCACCCUCCAGCCAAUCUCGUUUCAGCAGCAGCUCCACACACCUCACCAGCAGCCAAUCACGCAGCAGUUCCCCAGUCACAUGGGCCCUAGCUCCUUCAUGGCAACAAUGGCACCUCUCCCAUGUCACAUGUACAGUAAGUCUGAGCUGUCCUCGUACACCCCUUCCAGCCUGCUGUCGCAGGCUAUGGUAAUUGCUGACAGCAACAGCAUCGGGACCCUCACCAGCCUCACUGCUGUAAGACAGAUUCUGGCCACAGACCCAGACGACCAGUCAGACCCCCCCAUCCAGGACUCUCUCCACCUGGCAUCAAACUCCCCAGUGCCAGUGACUUCUGGAGGCUUGGAGCUGUAUCCAACUUCCCAGCCAGGAGAAGAGCACACCCCACACCUCCUCACAUCCCCAUCGGCAGACAUCGACCCCUAUAUCCCCACAGAGAUGGUUUCUUCCGCACAAUAGCAGCAGUGUAUCAGCAGAGUGGAACCACAUUACAGGAUGGAGGGAGCUCAACUAAUGACACCAGACGAUGGACGGCAGUGGAGAGCCUCAGUAUUAAGGCCAAACUGCCAUGCCAAAGUGCCAAAUUCACAGUAACUUUUCCCUGCGUGGCAGACAUUACCAUCCCAGCAAGCAUGUGACAGCUACAUUAGCGCACUGUCAGUGUCUAACACAGCUGCAAAGCCACAGUAACGCAUGUAGAGAUGAUCACUGUUUGUAAUGGAAAUUAAAGCAAUCACACACA